AAAAGUGCCUAAAAUAUCAUUUGUACUUCCAUACCUAUCAAUUAAAUUUUACGUAGCAGACAAAUAGUAAUAGUAGUGCCCACAAUGAACCUGCAGCCAAAGCCCAGCAAUGACUUCGUUGUGCCACCGAACGGACUCUUCGAGAUCCCGGCACCACCGGCGCGUCCGGAUUAUGUGGCGAUGAGAGUGCCCGUGAAAUCGAUUAGAAUUGGCAUGCGGAGGAAGGAGGAAGUGCUGGUCGACAAGCAACUCGAGUUCUUCUUCCAAACGAAAGCUGUAGGCAAGCCGAAAGUCAGUCACCCAGAGGAAGACGUCCAGUUGGUGUUCUCUAAGCCUCCCGACAGCCUCUGUAAGCCUCCCGAAAGGUACGAUGUUGGCAAGAUCAGUGGUGCUCCCUGCAUUGGUUUUGGCAGUGCCCUCCUGCGAUUCGUGUUCAACUUGCUGGGCAUUUUCCAGAAUGAGUGUGAUAUGGACGACAAUUUAAGGUGGACCUAGUUAUUAGAGAGCGUCUAUUGCUUGAAUGAGAUUAAAAUCGAAUUAAAGAGUA